GUGUGGGCGGAGCCGAGCGCGAGCAGAGGAAGCUUCUGGAAGCGCGCGUGAGCUUCUCUUCCUUUAUCCCGCGGAGCUGUGCUAACCUGAACUACCCCUCAGCAGAAUGUCCGCGGUAAAAGCGCUUAACCCGAAAGCAGAGGUGGCCCGGGCUCACGCGGCCCUGGCGGUGAACAUCAGCGCCGCUCGAGGGCUCCAGGACGUGCUGAAGAGUAACCUGGGGCCGAAAGGCACGAUGAAGAUGCUUGUGUCUGGCGCAGGAGACAUCAAGCUCACCAAAGAUGGGAACGUUCUGCUGCAUGAGAUGCAAAUCCAGCAUCCCACUGCCUCGUUGAUCGCCAAGGUGGCCACGGCUCAGGAUGACAUCACAGGAGACGGCACGACAUCCAAUGUGCUGAUCAUCGGAGAGCUCCUCAAGCAGGCCGACCUCUACGUGUCUGAGGGUCUUCACCCCCGGGUGAUCGCUGAGGGCUUUGAGGCUGCUAAGGACAAGGCUCUCGAGGUGCUGGAGGAGGUGAAGGUCAUGAAGGAGAUGGACAGAGAGACUCUCAUCAAUGUCGCCCGCACCUCCCUCAGAACCAAGGUCCACAGGGAGUUGGCCGAUUUACUAACAGAGGCUGUGGUGGAUGCUGUUCUGGCCAUCAGGAAACCCAACGAGCCCAUCGACCUCUACAUGGUGGAGAUCAUGGAGAUGAGGCACAAAACUGACAGCGAUACACAACUGAUCAAAGGGUUGGUGUUGGAUCAUGGAGCCAGACAUCCUGACAUGAGGAAGAGGGUGGAGGACGCUUUCGUUCUCACUUGCAACGUUUCCUUGGAAUACGAGAAAACAGAAGUGAACUCUGGGUUCUUCUACAAGAGCGCAGGCGAGAGAGACAAGCUGGUGAAGGCGGAGAGGAAGUUCAUCGAAGAUCGUGUGAUGAAAAUAAUCGAGCUGAAGAAUAAAGUGUGCGCAGAUACUAAGAAGGGCUUUGUGGUCAUCAACCAGAAGGGUAUUGAUCCAUUCUCUCUGGACGCGCUGGCUAAAGAGGGCAUUGUGGCGCUGCGCCGAGCAAAGAGACGAAACAUGGAGAGGCUGACUCUGGCAUGCGGUGGUGUAGCGAUGAACUCUUUGGACGAUCUCACGGCUGAGUGUUUGGGACACGCGGGGCUCGUCUACGAGCACACACUGGGAGAGGAGAAAUACACGUUCAUUGAGAAGUGUGGUAACCCUCGUUCUGUGACGCUGCUGGUGUUUGACGCUCACAGAGCUCAGGAGUGUGAGGAGAUGACAGACCUGGAUCUGAAGCAUACUCUGUCUGGGACGUCUCUGAAUGUGAGGCUCCUGCUCUACACUCGGGUCAAUGCGUCCUGCGCUCAGCUGCUGUCCCAUCGAGAGCCCUUCAGCAGCCCUCGCUUCAACCUCAGCUCCCCGAGCACCUUCCUCAUCCACGGCUACCGGCCCACCGGCUCGCCUCCCGUCUGGCUCACUCAGUUCGUGCAGCUCCUCCUGCAGCGCCGCGACAUGAACGUGAUCGUGGUGGACUGGAACCGUGGGGCCACCAACAUAAACUACUGGAAAGUGGUGGAUAACACACGCAAGGUGGCCGCGAACCUCACCGACCUCAUCCAGAAAAUGGAGGUAAAAGAAAAGUUCCUCAGCUCAGAGUAUUUCAAGUGUGACCAUCAGAGGUCAGUGUUCCUCUACAUGAGCUCCAUCAGCGGCUCCUGUCCCAUCACCGCCUACCCCUGUGACUCCUACACACUCUUCCAGGACGGGAAGUGCAUGGACUGUGGGACGUUCACGCCGGACGGAUGCCCUGUUUUGGGUAAACUGAGUAAGCUCUGA